AUGGCUGCCAAACCAACUCUCGUCUUUGUACCUGGCGCGUGGCACAGCACAGUGACCUGGGACAGGGUCAUUGCAGAAGUCAACCCCAAGGGCUACAAGAGCAUCGCCAUCACAUUGCCUUCCACGCUGGGCAACCCUGCUGCCACCUUCGGUGACGACGUCAAGGCUGUCCAGCAGGUUAUCCGUCAGGAGACUGAGCUCGGCAACGACGUUGUACUCGUCAUCCACUCCUACGGCGGCUUGGUCGGCAACAGCGCCGUCAAGGGCUUUUCGCGCCAAUCCGAGGGCCGCGCCGACAUCAGGGCCAACGUUAUUGGCCUGGUCAUGAUAGCCACCGGCUUCACCGCCACCGGCGUCGCCUUUCUCGAGGCCAUGGGCGGCGACCCGCCGCCGUCGUGGAAGCUCAACCACGAGACGGGAUUUGCCGACAUUGUCGCAGAGCCGCGCGACAUGCUCUACCACGACCUGCCCGAGGAGGAGGGCGCGGCGUGGGUUGCCAAGCUCACUAAGCAGUCACAGCUUGCGCUCACAGACGGUGGUGAAUACGCGUACGCUGGCUGGCAGGAGGUGCCGACGUGGUAUCUCAGGACGCUCGACGACCACGCCCUGCCGGUGCAGCUGCAGGGGUGGACAGUCCAAAUGGCGCGCGACGCCGGCGCGGAUGUGACGGAUCGCGGCAUGCCGACGAGCCACUCGCCCAUGCUGAGCCGGCCGAAGGAGGUGGGCGAGUUUAUCGACGAGGCUGUUCAGUACUUUGUGGGCAAGCAAUAA